AUGGUCCAGAUGGUUGCUGCUCCGCCGCCCGCGGUGCAACGCCGCCUGGAGCUCUCGCAUGGAGUCGUGGUUUCCGUGCUGCAAGAAGGCGAUGAACGUCACUUCCCACAAAAGUCUGUAGCUGCCCAUGUGGUAGGCCGCCUGCCAAGCGGGUGCGUUUUUGAGAGCACGGAGGGCAAAGGUCAACCUCCAAUGACAAUGCUCCUUGGCAAGAACGCAAUCAUUCCAGGCAUGGAGCUUGGCCUGAAAUCGUUGUCGCUGGGGUCUGUGGCAGAGAUCCACAUUCCCGCAGAGCUGGGAUACGGAGACAAAGGUGUGCCACACAUAGUGCCACCAAGCAGUGAUCUCCUCUUUGAGGUGCAUGUGCUGGAGGUAGAUGGCACUCCUUUGGCCACUCGAAGUCAGAGGCCAAAGGAGGUAGCAGAUACCAAGGCAGACUGCUUGCAGCAGCCCUGGUGGUUGGCCAGAGUGGCGCCGAUGCCGCCCUCUGAAUACUACCUCAACUUCUGCCGGGAGACAGCACGCGGUCGGGUGCCACCAAUGCUGCAGUCGGCGCGGAGCGUCGCCCGACGAAGAUGCAGCGAGAUGGACCGCUUUGAUGUGGGUACAGCAGAGGAGCCUUUCAUAGUUGUUGAUAUGCAAGAAGACUGGCCUGCACGGGACACAUGGGACCUCUCAUGGCUCACAGCGAAAUUGGGGCACACGCGUCAGCUUGUGAAAUGGCUGGGCCCCAUCUUCACCCGCCAGGAGAACCUGUGGGAAGCACCUGUCUUCGAAACAUCAUUGGGCGAGUACACCGAGUACAUUAGGGAUUUGGAAAGACUUGACCCGGACAGCACUGACGAGAACGCCCCUAGUUGCCCAAGACUGUAUCUCAACGGUUGGCCGGCGUUUGCCCAGCUGCCUUGGCUUCGGAAUUUUGUGGUUCCUGGUGGCGAGGGAGUUGCUGACGCUGCAGCAUCUGCAGAUAUGGUUAUCGAGGACCUCAACUCCCUGCUGAUUCGAGAGUCCGAGGCUCUUCGUGAGUCUCUCCUCGAGGGCCUCACCGCCCGCGGCAGCUAUCAGCCGCCUGAUCCAGAGGAGCAGAAGGAAAAAUUGCAGAAUGAGGACUGGGACUUGACAAAGAUCUUUAUUUCGCCAAAGGGGGCGAUCACGAGGCUUCACUAUGACAACGGUGGCGCGCAUGCCUGGCUCUCCCAGAUACAAGGCCGCAAGAUGUUCGUGUGCUUUCCGCCCUCAGACGGUGAGCACUUGCAUCCUUUCGAAGGCGACGAAGGUCUCAUGAACGGCUCGUGGCUAGAUCCUUUGGACCCUGAUGUGUUCCAGAAAUGGCCGGAUUCUCGACGUGCAACUGUUUACAUGGCUGUGGUCGAGCAGGGCGAGACAAUCGUUGCUCCCAAGGGCUGGUGGCACUACGCUGUGUCACUGGACACUUCCGUCACGAUCAUGCGAAACUUUUAUAGCACCAGCAACCAAUGGGACCUGAUCCAGCGCAAGGAUGGGGGGCUGGCAAACGCGAUAGCAACGCAUGUGCUUCGGAAGCAGCCCAAGCUGAAGAACCAGCCAGACUCUGUCAUAAAUGAUAUCGCCAAUAAGACCGUACACAAGCUGCGUGAGACCUUCAUCGAGAACCGGCGGAAAGUUGCGCAGCAGUGA